AGCCAGAAAAAAAGAAGUUCAGCAAAAACACCUGGAUCCUGCAGACCAGAGUUACGCGGCACCCUUGUCCACGACCUGUGGACAUCGAGCCCAACGGGCCCCGCCGGCGACAUGAAUCCUCCCGCAGCAGCCGCGUCCACCGGCGGAGCAGACCGCGCCGCGGCCGUGCCGGAGUACGCGCCGUACCCGAGGCUCUCGCCGGAGGACGUGGCCCCGCCCCCGCCUCCCCCGUACCACGCCGCCACCGCCGCGCCGCCUCCCUACGGCGGCAACCCCUACGUCUCCUCCCCUGCCGGUGGCGCCGCCACUGCACCGAAGAAUACGAUGGACUCGGUGAAGGACGUGCUCGGGAAGAUGGGGAAGAGGUUCGGCGAGGCGGCCCGCAAGACCGAGAACAUCACCGGGAACUUCUGGCAGCAUUUGAAAACUGGACCAAGCAUCACUGAUGCAGCAAUGGGCAGGAUCUCACAGAUCACCAAAGUCAUUGCGGAAGGUGGAUAUGAAAAUUUUUUCCAUCAAACCUUUGAUGUUGGCCCCGGCGAAAAACUCAAGAAACCAUAUGCAUGUUAUUUGUCAACCUCUGCUGGUCCUGUCAUGGGUGUUCUUUACUUGUCCAAUGUAAAGCUGGCAUUCUGCAGCGAUAAUCCACUUGCUUACAAGGUUGGAGACACAACUGAGUGGAGCUACUACAAGGUGGUCAUCCCCCUUGCUCAACUGAGGUCAGUUGAUUCUUCAACAAGCAGAACCAACACAGCUGAGAAGUACAUUCAGGUGGUUUCUGUUGAUAACCAUGAGUUUUGGUUCAUGGGCUUCGUGUACUACGACAAUGCCGUGAAGAAUCUACAGGAAGCACAUCAGGAGGCUCAGAGCUUACGUGCUCAGUGAUGUCUAUAGAUUAGAGCUACAGUUGUGAUAUACUUUGUGUUUGGACAAAUGGACUGUUAUCUCGGUUUAGUUGGAUAGGUAUUGGCAUUUGCCGCGAUUUGUACCUUUCUUAAAAAUCAGUUUUUCAAUGUGUGACGUAGUGUGCAUCCUGUCCUGUUUGUUUUUGUGAAUUGUCAUCUAUGAUUUGAACCCAUUUUGAUUCAGAAGUAGUUCAGAGUACUUUGUAAAUAUUCCUACACGGUCA